AUGCCUUCCAAUCGGUCUUCUGGUCGUCCACUGGGGCCGCCGUCGGUGACGCCAUCUUCCCGUACGCCCCUUCAUACACAGGAGCUGAUGUUGUUCAGCAGCCCCAUCUCUGCCUCGCCGGCAAGACGAUCCAAGCCCACGAGCAAGCGGUCAGGGUCCUCUCACGCUGCUGGAGCCAACCAAGCUGGGCAUUCCCGGGGCUUCGCGCAGCACCGUCAGGUGCCAUUCCCCAUAGCCGCCCGCGGAUCGACGGAUCGCACGCCAGUGGAGUACGAGCCUCUCCCUGAGCACUACCACGCGGCCCCCUCUUCCUCCUCCACAGCAUUCUCUUCUUCCAUCCCUGCUGUGGCACGUGGCAGCGGCAGCGGCAGCGGCAUUCCAUUACCACCGUCCCUGAGACAGACCCCGCCAGCGAACGGUGCCCGUCUUGCUGCCACGGCAACAUCUUCUGCGACUCCCGUCGGGGCCUCUGGCGCCGGAAGUCGUGUGAUCCGUCUUCUGCGCGACGCACGCGCCGCGGUGCGUGACCCGAUCCGACCCGAGACACCGUUAGAGGCUUUUGCUGCUCCACCUUCUCUUUCGACAGGUGCGUCCGCGAAUGUGCUCGGUCGGGAUUCCACAUCCGCCUCUUUUUUCGCUCGCUGCCGUGGUGGACUGGAGAGCCGCUCGAAGCGCCGGCUGCCUGCAGGAUGGCGUCUGACUCCCAUGAUACCACCGUCCUCCGUGUCGGAGUCGUCUUCGAGUGCGGCUCUCAAGAUGGCCGAGGGAAGCACGGUUGCAUCUUCAACUAUUUCCGUCGGAAGGGACGCCAUGCCUAGCAGCACCGACUUCUUCUCGUCUCUGCCUUCUCCACCUCCGCUGCCUCCUACUGGGACGCUCGAGCUUCCUGGUCGCAUCAGCGCUGCGAAAGAUGCAAAUAACAUGCACGUGAGACAGUCGUCUGUGGUAGCUCGAAAUCACGGCAUCGAUGUCCAGGAGUUCGGGCAGCUCUACCUUGUGGCGCAGCAAGCAGGCAAUUCAAGCGUUGCACAGCCAUUUGAUCUUCUUCAGUUGAAGCAGCGGCUGGUGACAUCACUACACUCAACGGGAAAGCCGCCCACGCUUGACAGGGUAACCGUGGAGUGGCUGCAGUCGACACUGCGGGACUUCUGCAGGUAUUGGCCCACUGGCGCUACGCUGCGACAGGCCGUGGACCACUACUAUUUCGAGAACUCUAACACAGCAGAGUUCGACAGUGCGGAGGGCUCUCGUGCAUCAGCCUCGGCGAACACCACCUUUGCGCCACUAUUGUACACGCAAAGGGCCUUCCUUGCCGCCUCCAUCACGCUGCAGAGCUUCCCGGUCGCAGCACUCGUGGCAGAGCUCAUUUCGUUUGAGGCAACGGUACACACGCUGCACGUCAUUGCGGAAGCGGGUCUCGCCGAGUGGGUGGCACGAGAGACUACUGUUCUAGCGGUACUUGUCGAAAUUCUCCGGCUGCUGGCGGGGGCUGAAUUCUGUUCUCAGCUGCAGGCGCUGCAGUGGAUCAAGUGGAUCUUGGGCACACUUUCCCUUUGCUGCAAAGACGCCGUCGACGCCGCCACCAUCGCGCCUCAUGUUACUCCUCUGGGAGCUGACAAUCCGGGCGUGUCUCGUCGUCCGCAGCGGCUGCAGAGCAGUGGGUCAUCAUCAUACAGGAGUCUUCCUCUUUCCGACUACUGGGAGACAGACGUGAUUCGCGGCAGCGGGCUUGUAGAUGACGAAGCUGAGAACCAGCUGCGUAACACGCAGAAUCUGCAGCAGGCAUCCUGUGUGAAGUCCGCUUCUCUUCGGCCCAAGUUUUCCUCCUCUCACCCCUCUCCGCAUCUUGUCAACAGCGUGCCCUUUGCUGACGCCAUGCCCGCAGGCUCACCGCUGAGCUUUGCUCAAAGUGAGGCCGGCGGGGCUGCUGCCUCAGCGCUGGCACCCAUCCUGCCCUGCAGUGCACCAGAGGAGCAUGAGAGCCUUCGUGCCCGUCUUGUGUCUCUUGGGUUUCUCCCUACUCUACAGGAGAUCAGCAAGAAUGCGUUGGCGCACUGUGCAUCUUUGAGCGACUGUCAGGCAGGUUCUCCGGCAGCGGACACCCUUGCAUCUCUGCUCCCUAUCAUUGGGACCUUUUAUCGAUGCUUUGCUGAGCGCUAUCCGGAGGAGCUGCAGGGACUCGACGUUUUAGGGACUCUUACGAGCAUGCUAAACACCUGUGCGGCAGACGCGGCAACAGUCGAGGCGGCCUCUCGCGCUUUAGUGAAGCUCACCUAUGUCGAUGAGUACUUAGCAGAGAUGCAGGCAGGCACUGCCGUGAUUACAGCUGCUGCGCACGCGCUGAGGUCACAGUUGUCCCGUUCGCAAGCAGACACCUCACAAGAGUCGUCGAUAGAGCUGCUCGUCUCCCGCCUGUGUGGUGUGAUUGCCCGCGUUGCAGAGAACAACCCAGAGCAGCAGGAGUACCUGGUGUCUGCUCCCAUGGUCGAGCUCUUGGAGACACUGUCAAUUCGUUAUGUCACCGUCUCCGACUCUGCAGGUGUCAAGCUAGACCAGUUCGCUGCGUCGUUGCCGUUGCCUCCAAUACCAGUGCUGCAGGCUGUAGUCUGGGUGCUCGGAAUUGCAUCCAUGUCACCCCGGUGCCCCUUGCAGCUCGUGCGGUCUGUGACGCAGCCACUGGUGCACCUCUUGGAGAUACUGAGGAGAAAACCGAACAUGCAGCUGACAGCUGUGUAUGUGCUCAUGUGCCUCAGCAAUCUGUCGUACUUUUUCGGGGCCUUUGAGUAUGCAGAGCGGGCCCGCAGUGAGGAUGAAGGUGGGGUUGCGUCCGACUGGCUCUCCUCCCUCUACAGCUCUCUCGGGUUGCAGCUGGCGCACUACCUGUUUGAGGACAAUGUCGAGGCCACUGUGGAGGCCACUCGCAUCCUCGGUAACAUUAGCUACACCAACGCCGGACGCGACUGGAUGGAGGCGAACCACUGUGACGAGGUGAUUGUGCUCUUCCUUGGGCAUGAGGAUCUGCGUGUCGUGUACAACUGCUACGGCGUGCUGCUGAACUUGACGGCAGCAUCGCCGUGCCGCAUUGUGCAAGAGCCGGAGCUGCUGCACAUGAUGCUCUCCUACACGUCGCGGUACACAGAUCAAGACAGAGUCGAGGCGGUGACCACUCUCGAGGAGGUACGGCUGCGUCAGCAGCUACAGCAAAGGCAAUGCGAUGGGGAUGUGCAGGAACUCAUGUCGGAGGCGAGAAGCCACGCCACACAGAUCGCCGAUGUUGUGGAGAAGCUUCUCCUCAACGUAAACGGUGUGCUUACCGCGUCGACCAUAUAG